AUGCAGCAGUUGCAGCCCUUUGGACUUCCCCUUUCUCUUCUGCAUCACCACCACCACCCACCACCACCAUGUCGGCCCAUCACUCGGCCUCUCCCCGCAGCGCAGACGGUCGCCGAGAGCCGUGACACAGGACGGGGUGGAACUCGGUGGUGGAACUCGGUGGUGGAGGGGAGCGGACCGUCGUCCACUCGCAGUCUCGAGGUGUCGCGUGUGGAGGAGGAGGAGGAUGGAGGACCUGGUGAAGUAAUCCGCCCCGCGCCAGCGAGCCACGCGGGAGAUGCGGCUCGCGAUGUCGAGACGCGGGUAAAGCUGCGUCUCACAGUAGGGCCACGUCUGAAGGGAGCUCUCGUGCGUCCCACGCGUCGUGUUGCAGCUGGCCGCAGCUGCGUGCCACCGUCACUCGAGGCCAGCGGCUCUUCUUCUUCUCAGCCUGGGGCGCACGCACCGCCUGGGGCAGCGAGACACGACAGAGGUUUUGAGAAGCCGAGCUGGAGGCUACUGCGGCUGGAGCUGCUGCGCAUCGCAAGGCCAUGGCCUCGGCGGGCGACGUGAGGAUGAACGCCGAGCCGGGGAUGGCGGCUCCACUGGAGGAGGAGGAGGAGGCGUCCGUGGCGGAAGAUGCCUCUGAUCGUGCGUCGGAGAUCGAUGGUGACGAAGAAAAUGGCUUGGUGGUGAAAUGGUCGCGCUUGAAACUGCAGAAUCUGAAGAUCUCCUGGAUUGCUGAAAUCAGCCAGAGCCUCGUCGAGAUGGACUUGUCUCAAAACCUUCUGGAGGAACUUCCGCCCUUGGUGCCAUGGGGUCUGAAAAUGCUCCGCACUUUCGACGCCUCCUCCAAUCAGCUGACGUGUUUCCCCAGCGUUACACCUCAGCAGAUCUUCUGCACUGGGUUGACCGAAAUCAACCUCUCCAUGAAUUGCAUCUUCUCCCUGCCUGCUGAGGUGUUCCUGCUGACCAACCUCAAGACUCUGAACCUCUCCCACAAUCAGCUGAGCGAGUUUGGCUGCCCCGAGAGAGCAGCCCUGGGGCUGGUGCAGUGCCGAGACCUGGAGGUGCUGAACCUGUCGUACAAUCAGCUGGGGGGGCUGCGCAAGGAAGUCCUGCAGCUCCUCAACGGACUGCGCUGCCUCAACGUGUCUCACAAUCAGCUCAAGGCAUUCCCGCCGGCGUGGCACUGUCCGCUGGUGCAACUGAAGGCGACUCACAACCAGCUGGAGGAGAUUGGGGAGAGCUUCCAGCUGCACUGGGAGAGCACCCUGCAGGAGCUCGACCUCAGCAACAACGCCCUCGCCGAGCUCCCGGCGGCCAUCCUGCAGCUCACGGAGUUGCAGAGUUUGAAUCUCUCUGAUAAUCAUCUGCUGGUCAUUCCUCCUGCGCGGAUGUGGACGUGCUGCAAGCUGCAGACCCUCGACUUGUCACAAAACUACAUUGGCAAGCAACCAUCUUUGUUCAGCAGGGGCAGCGGCAGCGGCGGCAGCGGGAGCAGGAACCGGCUCGUCGCGUUCAUCACCAGGAAGCUGAGACACCCAACGGAAGGUGUGCUUCUGGACUUACCGGACUUUCUGGGGAGCACGCUGGAAGCCCUCAACCUGAGCAGCAACUUUUUGGACAGCGUUCCUUCUUCCAUCGGCUCCCUCCUCGCUUUGCAGGAGCUCUACCUCUCCAGGAACCCGGGCGUCCGCGAGCUGCCGCACGCGCUGGGCAGCCUCGGCAACCUGUGGCUGCUGGAGAUCGACGAGCUGGAGAUCUCCAAUGUCCCUGCUCACCUCCUGCGUGACCCCAACGGCACGCCGGCCAUCUUGGCCUACCUGCGGGCCCAGCAGCGCCGCUCGCAGCACUGCUACUCCCUCAAGCUCAUGGUGGUCGGCCCCUCGCACCAGGGGAAGACGUCGCUCCUCUCGUCGCUGAGACACCGGCGGAAGCCGCCACCGCCGCCGGUCUCGGGCGGCUACCCCGACAUGCCCAUCGUGCUCAGCACCUGGGACCUGCAGCGGCCCCUGGGCCUCGCCGACCUCAAGGUGGAGAAGAUCCGCUUCUCGGUGUGGGACGUGGGCGGCACGGCGAGCGCGCUGCCCGUGCACCGCUGCCUGUGCACCGACCGGGCGCUCUACCUGCUCGUGUGGAACCUGGCGCUGGGCGAGGAGGGAGUGCUGAGCCUGCACCACUGGCUGCUCACCAUCCAGGCGCGGGCCCCGCACGCGGCGGUGAUCGUGGUGGGGACACACCUGGACCGCCUGCCCGAGCGCUUCAUGGGCGAGAGGCUGGCCACCCUCAAGGCCCACGUGCUCAGCUUGUGCUGCGACCCGAGUGGCCGGAGCUUGAGCGGCUACCCCAGCGUUGACUGCAAGCACAUCUGCGAAGUGUCGUGCCAGUCUCUCGCUGGCAUCGACGACCUGCGGAAGUUGAUCUUCCGGGCGGCGUGCGGCAUAAAGGACGGGGGCAGCGCCGUUCCCAACCAGCGGCUCCUGGGGCGCCUGGUGCCCAGGAGCUACAUCGCGCUGCACGACGCGGUGCAGGCGGAGCGCCAGCGCCGCGUGGCGGAGGUGCUGCCGCAGGUGCUGACGCGCGAGGAGCUGCGGGCGCUGGCGGAGAGCACCCCGGGGAACGACUUCUCCUACUCGCACGACGACCUGCAGCGAGCGGUGCAGUUCCUGUCAGAGGUGGGGGCGCUGCUGCACUUCCCGGACUGCAGCUGGGGCCUGGGAGAGGUGCUUUUCCUGCACGGGGGCUGGCUGGCGCACUGCCUGGAGGGCACGCUGCGCGGCGUGGGCUCGGGGCCCGGCCAGGGCGCCACGCGGCCCCGGGAAGCCAUCGUGUCGGCGCUGGCGGCCGCCGGCGUUCCCGCGAGGCACCAGGAGCAGCUCCUGCAGCUGCUGCUGCUCUUCGAGAUGAUGCUGCCCCUGCAGCACGACAGCUUCCUGCUGCCCCACCUCAUGCCGGAGAGGCCCGGCCUGCAGCUGCUUCCGGUGUUGGAAGACGACGGCAAGAAGACGAUGACCGUCCGCCGCCUCGUGCAGAUGAGCUUCACGCCAGUGGGCUUCUGGUCGCGGCUCAUCGCGCGCCUGCUCAUCAGCGUGGCUCAGAUUGAGCGCCAGGUGGUAGGAGGUGUAAGGAGGCCUUUGGGGAAGCAGGCCACAGACCCCGACUGUGACGUGAGCUAUGCCCGUGCCAGCACGUUUCGGAUUCGCCGAGCGCGCAAGGUCUACUGGCACGAGGGCCUGGCCAUCCUGCACAGCGACGGCUUCUUCAGCGUGGAGGCUGCAGGGAAGCAGUGGGGGGACCCGGGAGAGCAUCCCGGCAUCGAGAUAUUGGUUCAGUCCCAGUCGCAGGACUUCUCUGCCAUCGCGUUCGUCACGGACCACGUCAACACGCUCAUCGAACACUGGUUCCCCGAACUGAUGGAUGUGGAGACCAACGGGACGCCGUUCAUCAAGCAGCUCAUCCCCUGUCCCUACUGCGCCGGCCCUGCAGACUCGCGGGAGGGAGAGCGCCAGGGAGGGGAGUGCGAGGACGAUAGGCCCGGGUUAUUCACUCUGGAGGAGUGCGUGAUGGAGGCUGUGAGGUCCGAUGUGAUCGCGUGCCACAGACACGUGGACAAUCCCGUGCCCCUGACCCGGCUCAUCCCAGAGGCGUUCCUCACAGACUUCCCAAAGCGGCUGCUCUUGGACGUCGCGAGCCUGGACUACGACCCAAGGGAAGAGUUGCAGCUGGGCCAGGGCGCCAGUGGAACCAUCUACAGAGCGCUCUACCAGGGCCAGCCAGUGGCCGUCAAGGACUACCACAUCAAGGGGGCGGCCCAGCAGGAGGACACGGUGCUGCGGAGGAUGCACGCGGGGCGCGUGUGGCGCCGCAUGGCGGACCUGCGCGUGGAGGCGUGCAUGAUGCGGACGCUGUCCCACCCGUGCGUGGUGGCGCUGCUCGGGGUGAGCGUGCGCCCGCUGGUGCUCGUGCUCGAGCUGGCGCCGCUCGGCAGCCUCAGCGACGUCCUGGAGCGCCGCGAAGCCCUGGCGCGCUCGCAGGAGGAGCCUGACGCCGACCCGCUGCCUCUCGGCGUGAUUCUCACCCACAAGGUGAUCCACCAGAUGGGGUUGGCGUUGGCCUACCUGCACCGGCACGGCAUGCUGCACUGCGACCUCAAGUCCGACAACGUGCUGGUGUGGUCGCUGGACCCGCGCGUCGCCGUCAACGCCAAGCUGGCCGACUACGGCGUUUCGCGCCUCUCCUUUGGCCAGGGCAGCCGGGGCAGCGAGGGCACCCCGGGGUACCAGGCCCCCGAGGUGCGGCCGGGAUUCGUGUUCGACGAGCGGGUGGACGUCUUCUCGUUGGGCAUGGUCAUCUACGAGCUGCUGUCGGGCCAACGGCCCACGGUGGAGGGGAGGCCGCUGGACGUGGUGAGGAAACUGAUAAGAGGCGAGCGGCCCACCGUGCCGCUCGAGGCCUGGAGGCACGCCCAGCCGCUGGCGGAGAUCAUGGAGCACUGUUGGAAGACCUGCCCCAAGCAGCGUCCGUCUUCGCACGAAGUCGUGACCUCACUCUGCGACCCCACGUCAGCGUGCCAGGCCUACAGCGUGGAGUGCGGGCAGCACGACGCGUGCCUGCCCUGCAUCGCCUUCCCCCAGCACGCGCUGCUGUGGUACGGCGACGGCAUCCUCAGGAGGUACAGCGUGCUGACCGUGCCCAGUGGCCACAUGCAGACCAAGCACCUGCCCUGCCCUGGCGGAAAGGUCGUGUGUCUGACCAAGGUCGGGUCUACCGUGUGGAUCGCCACGCAGGAUCUGAAGAUAGAGAUUUACGUUCUCAGGGAGAUGUGCCCUCUCUGCGUGCCGGACAGAAUCAUACCGGUCCCUUCCCAAGUCACCUGUCUGCUGACGAUUCCUUCACAGACUCCUGACGAGUACGACGUCCUGGCGGGGCUGGAAGACGGAAACGUGGCGGUGUUUCUCAACAAGCCGAGCUCCCCCAGCCUGGAGCCCACGCUCUACCUGUGCCCCGCGUACGCCAACCUGCACGUGUUCGGCGUGAGCGAGUGGGACUCGCGGCAGGCCGUCACGGCCGUCAGGGCCAUCGUCUCCGUGCGCGAUGGGAAGGAGCUGUGGUUCGGCAACGGUCCGGCCGUCGUCAUCGCGGAGCGGGAAGGUUUCCGAAUCGCGCGUCGAUUGGAGAUGUUCUCGGCGGUCACCGUCCCCCCGUCGCGCGUGGCGGCCCUGGCCGUGACCUCGUCCUCCCGCGGCAGCGACCCCGCGGCCUCCGCGGAGACGGUUUGGGCCCUGGACGACGUGAGCAACGCGUUGGUGGCGUGCGACGCCGAGUCGUACUCGCUGCUGGCUCGCUACCCGCUGAACGCCAGCGUCGCCCGUGGCGACGCGCUCUCGCUCGCCGGAUACGCCGCUCGCGCCCGGACGCGCGAGGAGAGGAGACGGCUGCACAUUACGCCCGUGGGCAAAGGCCUUAAGAUUUUUGUCGACGGCUCCUCCGAUGACGAAGAAUCGCAGGCAGCAGACGGCCGCCAUGAACGGGCGCCGGAGUCUCCGUCGCUCGGUGACAACAAAGGCGACUCCGUCGAGCAGCAGCGCGGCGCGGAACUCGGCAGAGAGACGCUGGAUGACCUGUGCGCAGUGGAUUUGAUAUCCGUCCGGGACUGCCUGUGGGUGCCAAGGCGUGGCGGAGACAUCUUGGUGAUUCACGUGAAUCGGGAGGAGGCUCGGGCUCGAGUCAUCGCCGUGAUGAAGGGGAAGGUGCCCGGCCACUAUAGGAAGAUCGUGUCUGCAGGCCCUGCUGGGGACGACGCCAUUGUCUGUUGCCAUGGAGACGGAGCAGGACAGUUGGCCGUGUCCGUCUGGAGGAAGUGGCUGACCGCCGACUUCACAGACUUCUACAGUUUCCAAGACAAUCUACGAAGCUUGAUCCGCCAAUCAAAGUUCUCAAGAUGAUGGUCGAAUGCAGGACCAAGUCUCAACAACGUCACUCGUCCUUUCUCUGCCAGCACGAGCGCUCGCCACGGGCCCGCUUCCGUCAUGGGAACGUGCGCGGGCAGGGGGAGGCUUGUGGCUGGGAAGCCUCGCACGCGAAGAGCCAAAAGUGGAGGGCAUGGUGUUGGCGGGAGGGAUAUGAUGGUUGUGUGCGCAUGAGAAUGAGAUCAUAGCACUCGUGGCGAGCGAGAUUGCCAUGUCUGGGGCUUCAAAAAACCAGGAGGACCUCAUCAUGGGAAGAAUCUCUCUGCGCGGGAAGAGAACUACAUACACAUCAAUGCAUUGCCCUGUGUGGUUUAUUCUGAAUGCAACUGGCAGAAAAAAAACUGGAAUGUUAAUGUCCCAGGAAGACUUAACAGACUGCCCAGGACAGCUACCUCAACAAAGAGAAAAUCUUGGGAAAACCAGGACAUAGGUGGCGACCCGAGCAGCGAGCGUGGAGGAAAACUACGAGUGAUGUGUGCUGCUGGUACGCGAGUUUGGCUUGGAUAGUCAGCUGCGGUUGUGAUGCCCAGAGUAGAGGGCAUGGGGGAGAAGUUGGGAGGCCUGUAUGCCUAGCGAUUGUACACUUUUUGUAUCUUGGGGAGGCCUUCAUAUAAACGUUUAUUCAAGUUUCAAAAUGUUACUGUAUUAAAAUCAUUCUACAUGGAAAUGUCUCCUGUAAGGAUCUUCUCAAAGGGUUAGGCCUGAGUUUCCCAAACCCCGGGUCCUCACAAUCCACCACCACGCUCCGUCAUUCUGCCUUUAUCCAUUUACUCUUCCCAUUCAAAUACAAACUCGUUCAGGGCUACACGUGCCCACUGAUUGCUACACGCCUUGUGAUGCAGAGCAAUUACCGAGGUCUGCGGCAGGAGCCAAUUCAAAUCGAGAUCUGUGCGCGUACUCCUUCCACGUGAUGCAGACACCGUUCAUUGCUUAGCGGGUCUUGUGUUUAAUAAUUAUCGGGUGCGUGCAUUGUGGAACAAGUUAAUUGGAAUGCGAAGCAUAAUUUGGUAAAUGGGGGAAGACAGAGCGUGGAUUGGAGUUGGGAAACCCGAGGUGAGGUGGUGACGCGGUUAAACACACAGGGGAGCAGGGGCACGCUACGCGAGAGUGGGAAGA